CCGCAGUCACUGUGCGGUGAUUCAACAGGCGACGGUGUAUCAACCAAGUUCCAGCUAUAUUUGACAUGGCGACAACAGACAACGUACAAGAUGUGGAUGACAUCAGGACAGGAGCAGCAGGGGGUUCUGCCAACAGUUUUCACACCUGGCAAGGAGAGAGAUGUGAAGAGUCCAACGGGCGACGCAAAGGUGUGAGGGUCUACAGGUGUGAGGAGUGCAGCAAGCAGUUCAGUCGGCUUGGUCAUCUUAAAGUACACAUACGGACUCACACAGGUGAGAAACCCUACAGAUGUGAGAAGUGCAAUGGGCAGUUCAGUCAGCUGGGUAAUCUGAAAUCUCACAUGCGGACUCACACAGGUAAGAAACCCUACAGGUGUGAGGAGUGUAGCAAGCAGUUCAGUCAGCUGGGGAAUCUGAAGUCUCACAUGUGGACUCACACAGGUGAGAAACCCUACAAGUGUGAGGAGUGUAGCAAGCAGUUCAGUCAGCUGGGGAAUCUGAAGUCUCACAUGAGGUCCCACACAGGGGAGAAACCCUACAGGUGUGAGGACUGCAGCAGGCAGUUCAGUGAGUUUUGCAAUUUGAAGUCACACAUGCGGACUCACACAGGGGAGAAGCCCUACAGGUGUGAGGAGUGUAGCAGGCAGUUUAGUCCCCUGGUGCACAAUACUAAAGAUAUAUUUGGCAUGGCAACUACAGACAGCUUACAAGGUGUGGAUGACGUCAGGAGAGGAGCAGCAGGGAGUUCUGCCAACAGUGUUCUCACCUGGCAAGGAGAGAGGCGUGAGGAGUUCGGGGAAGAGUCCAGUGGGCGAGGCAGAGAUGUGAGGGUGUACAGGUGUGAGGAGUGCAGCAGGCAGUUCAAGCGGCUUAGUAAUCUGGAACGACACAUGCGUACUCACACAGGGGAGAAACCCUUCAGGUGUGAGGAGUGUAGUAGGCAUUUCAGUCGGCUGGAUGAUCUGAAGAAACACGUGCGGACUCACACAGGGGAGAAACCCUUCCGGUGUGAGGAGUGCAGCAGGCAGUUCAGUCAGUUGAGUGAUCUGGAAAGACACAUGCGGACUCACACGGGUGAGAAGCCCUAUAGGUGUGAGGAGUGUAGCAGUCAGUUCAGUCGGCUGGAAAGUCUGAAGAAACAUAUGCGGACGCAUACAGGGGAGAAACCCUACAGGUGUGAGGAGUGCAGCAGGCAGUUCAGUCAGUUGAGUGAUCUGAAAAGACACAUGCGGACUCACACAGGGGAGAAACGGAGCUUGUAUCGCACAGAUAUAUUUGGCAUGGCGACUACAGACAGCGUACAGGGUGUGGAUGACGUCAGGAGAGGAGCAGCAGGGGGUUCUGCCAACAGUGUUCUCACCUGGCAAGGAGAAAGAUGUGAGGAGUUCGGGGAAGAGCCCAGCGGGCGAGACAAAGGUGUGAGGGUGUACAGGUGUGAGGAGUGCAGCAGGCAAUUCAGUCAGCUGAGUGAUCUGAAGAGACACAUGCGGACUCACACAGGGGAGAAACCCUACAGGUGUGAAGAGUGUAGCAGGCAGUUCAGUCGGCCAAGUCAUCUGAAAGUACACAUGCGGACUCACACAGGGGAGAACCCCUACAGGUGUGAGGCAUGCAGCAGGCAGUUCAGUCAGCCGGGUCAUCUUAAGUCACACAUGCGGACUCACACAGGAGAGAGACCUUACAGGUGUGAGGAGUGCGGCAGGCAGUUCAGUGAGCUGGGUCAUCUGAAGAGACACAUGCGGACUCACACAGGUGAGAAACCAUACAGGUGUGAGGAGUGUAGCAGGCAGUUUAGUCGGCUGGAAUAUCUGAAGUCUCACAUGCGGACUCACACUGGUGAAAAACCCUACAAGUGUGAGAAGUGCAGCAGGCAGUUCAGUCAGCUGGGUCAUCUGAAGUCACACAUGCGGACUCACACAGGGGAGAAACCUUACAGGUGUGAGGAGUGUAGCAGGCAGUUUAGUGAGCUGGGUACUCUGGAGAAACACAUGCGAACUCACACUGGAGAAAAACCCUACAGAUGUGAGGAGUGUAGCAGGCAGUUCAGUGCACUAGAUAGUCUAAAGAGUCACAUACGGACUCACACAGGGGAGAGACCCUACACGUGUGAAGAGUGCAGCAGGCAGUUCAGUGAGCUGGGUGAUUUGAAGCGGCACAUGCGGACUCACACAGGGGAGAAACCCUACAGGUGUAAUGAGUGCAGCAGGCAGUUCAGUCGGUUGAGUCAUCUGGAGAGACACAUGCGGACUCACACAGGUGAGAAACCCUACAUGUGUGAGGAGUGCAGCAGGCAGUUCAGUUACCCGGGUCAUCUGAAGUCUCAUAUGCAGACCCACACAGGGGAAAAACCGUACAUGUGUGAGGAAUGCAGCAAGCAGUUCGGGCAGCUUAGUAAUCUGAAGUCUCACAUGCGGACUCACACAGGAGAGAAACCCUACACCUGUGAGGAGUGCAGCAGGCAGUUCAGUACGCUGAGUAAUCUGAAAAAGCACAUGAAAACCCACUGGAAACAAACCCAGCAGAAGUGAUGCCUUCGACAAACUGUUUAGCAGAACCAAUAUUUUCAUAAAGUCUUCUUUUGCAGGAUUUGAGUUGAUUUAGAGAAGUUAAAGCACGUUGCUUCCUCGUAACGUAGCUUUACAUAUUUUUGGUUGCUUCAGAAAGUAGUUAUACUUGAACUAAUAACACGUGUUUCCGAGGAGUUAUAUUAUAUGCAACAGUUAACAAAUUUCUUUCAUUUAUUCGCCUUACUUAGUUUUGCUAUGUAAUACAACACUUCUUUUUAUUUCAAUUUCUAUUGUAUUGUUUGCGUUUACUAUAUAUAGUUUGUUGUAGUAUUGAUAAUCUUUCCUUUAGCUUACAGUUCUAGUAUUAACCUACAAAAACGUUGACACAACUAAUUGGCCACAAAAAUGAUGCAAAGCUUGUCUUACCGAGUCAGCUGAAAGAUGAGAGAUCCAACGGGAAUGUUCAUUUGAAAA